AUGCCCGCUGGGGUGCUCCUGAUUUUUGGGGCGAUUUUCGGAGCGGCGUUUGGAUAUGAGUGCUUGGACACCAUCGGCGAUUUCCUGUAUUUUGAUACGUUUGUGAGCGGUCUAAACGACCAGCGGGUGAACAACAGCCUGCAAACGGUGACCGAUAUGGAGGGGAAAUAUUGCAACGACUCCUCGUAUCAGCCCGUGAUUUUGUUCUUUUUGAAUAUGGAUGGGCCUACUGUAUCCCAAAAAUUCCUCGGCAUCAGCAUCUAUGUGGAUAGGUGGAUUAGGCAGAUUGUCGAGAGGAAUCUUGUGUUGAGGAUAAUUUUUACGCAUCCGAACACGACGCUCCCAGCGAACGUGACGCAAUAUUUGAAUGCGACGCGCGGGUCGACGAAUGGGUAUAUUGAUUAUAUAGUCGAUGACUUGUCAAAUUCCAGCAAGGUGGCUAUGGAUUAUGGGAUGUGCGCGACACCGCCGGAAACGACCCUUCCCCCUCCAAUCAAAAGAACCCCCUGGAUACCGGUGGCCAUUGGCGUGUCAUCGUUUCUGUUUGCACUAUUUGUAUUGCUGAUAAUUCUCGGGAUACUGCUCACCCAAACAAACUGGCUGAAUCGGCCGGCCUAUUGGUUGUACUCAAGCCUGGAGCGAUGGCUGGGCUUCAAGCUACGGUUCCUUGUCAGGUUCCACGCCGACUACACGGACAAUGGCUUCGAGAGAUACGUGAAGGAAUGGAAAAAGGAAGCCGACCCUUGGGAGGUGAAUCCGCAUGAUUUGCAUAUCAGCACGGAGAAGCUGGGAAGUGGCGCUUUUGCAGCUGUUUUUAGCGGAAUUCUAUCGGGGAUGCCGCCUGUGGCGAAGAUAUAUCCACAGCUGAAUCUCGGCGGUCUCUUAAAUGAGCUGGAGAAUCCGGUAGCCGUCAAAAGACCGCACGACACGGCCAGCCCGGAAGAAAAAUGGGAAUUCCUGCAAGAAGUCGCUUUCAUGAAAAGCCUGGAUUUCCACCCUCAUAUUCUGUCAAUGUUGGGCUGCUCUACCUACCCUCUAUUUCCCUAUAUGGUAUUCGAGUUGUGCGAAUUGGGGGAUCUUCUCUCUAAUCUACAACUACUCGCAUUUCGGUCCACGGCAACUACGGCAACGAUACAGCCUGAAGAUUUUCUGGUGAUAGCCUGGCAAAUAUCUGAUGCUCUGGUGUAUUUGACGCAGAAGAAGUUGAUCCAUCGAGAUGUCGCUGCCAGGAAUAUUUUGGUGACGAAAGCGAAGAUGGCUAAGUUGUCCGACUUCGGUCUAUGCCGUGAGAGCCAGAAUAUGAUGUAUCAAGCGAAAACGAAGGCCACAAAGUUGCCGUUGAAGUGGAUGGCACCGGAAUCGAUCGAGAAAGCGGAAUAUUCGGACAAAACGGAUAUCUGGAGUUUCGGCGUUUUACUCUACGAAAUGUUUUCGUUGGGAGCUGUACCGUAUCCAACGAUCGAAAGUGACGACGUCCUGGAAUAUUUAAAGGCCGGAGAUCGACUCGAGAUACCGAGGAAUACACCGGAUUUUAUGCAAGACGCGAUGAAAACUUGUGGGAUGAUGGAUCCGGACGAAAGAGCGACGGCCGAGCAACUAUCAGCCCUUUUCUAUAGUAAAAUAGAGCUUGGGGCUGGUAGUUAUGGAUAUUUAAUGUUUGGAAGUGACGACGGUGGAAUGUUGGGUCCCGGCUAUUCUCGAGUUGCAAAAACGGAAGUGCCAGAUGAUGAAGACGGUGGUGAAUACACAGAGAUACCUGAGACAAUAUCCGUUGUAGCCACCAACGUCGACAAGACAAAAUGCCGAAAGCAGUAUUUUAUCUAUAUUAUUGUGAUGCUCGAGGAGACGAGUCAAAAAGAUGCGAUACGAAAUCUUCACGUGACGAAGCAAAUUCUAAAGCCCUGCUACGAUAUUGAACAGGAUGGCGGGGCGCCAAACACCCUGAUCUUUGGGGACUACGAUUGGCGCAUUCAAACGCCUGUGGUGCGUAACUUGAGUGAGCUGUACUCGUAUCCGGACAAUGACACGACCGAUGUUUUUAAUUAUCUGGUCAUUGGCAAAGACCUGUCUACCGUAGACGAUAUGCGUCAAAUGUUUGACAAAUCGGACCAGGUCCGGAAGAAUGACGAUCUACAGUACGCCAUGAUUGUCAUCAUCGAUGCGUCCGAUGAUUUCAUUCUGAACGAAUUCGGGGAACCGUUGGGCAAUUUUGUGCAAUGGCGAUUGCAGCAGGAAUUGCUGUUGAAGACGAUUAUUCGCAUUGUUUGGACCAGGGACAAGUCAAUCCAAGCGAGCACCGAGACGUUUCUACAGCAACUGAAACAGGACUCUGAGGGAUACUUUGAUUGGGCGGUUGACUCGAUGUCGGACGACGCGAAAGUCUCGCAGAACUACGGGAUGUGCACCAAUUACAAGGACCCAACACAGAGCAGUGGGCCCGAGUUGGCCUUGUUGGUGCCGUUGGCUGUGGUUGGAGGCGCGGCGUUGAUGACAGCGAUCACUUGCGCCAUCUUGGCCAGGCUUGGAAUCCUGAAUGGACCUGCUCGUCAACUGCACGAUUUCCUGGAGACCAAGCUGAACUUGUCGGUCAAUUGGCUGGAUGUAGAAGACGGCGAGAACAUGUUCGGUUCUGCCGGUCGAAUCAAGCGUGUAAAUGACGAAUGGGAAGUGGAUCCCCUCCACCUCCAUGUCUCCCAUAAUAAGCUUGGAAGUGGGGCUUAUGCCUCUGUGUACCUGGCCACUCUUUCCGGACUCCCGAACGUUUGCAUCAUACACGCGAAGCUCUUUGAAUCUGAACAGCCGUUUACGCACGGCGAGAAUCGGGUGGCCGUGAAAACGCCUCAUUUGCAUAUCACCCCGGCGGAACGGCGCGAAUUUUUCCGCGAGAUCGCCUUCAUGAAAACACUGGAUUACCAUCCGCAUCUCCUGUCAAUGUUGGCCUGUUCGACCGACCCGAAAACGCCACAAAUCCUGCUGGAACUGUGUGAAAUGGGUGAUUUGCAUACGAUCGUGAAGGCAAUGCAGAAACAACAGAAGAAAGAGGAGAAAGAAAAGGAUCAGCAUCAAUAUGACGAGAUUUUGGAUGUCGAUUUGGAGAAAGGCCAGCGUAAAACCUUGACGUUGCAAGACCUUGCCGACGUGGCGUGGGAUGUCUGUGAUGCGCUGGCCUACCUCUCCGAGAAGCAAAUCAUCCAUCGCGAUAUCGCUGCCAGGAAUGUUCUUCUGACUGGCGAUAAGGUGGCCAAGCUGUCGGAUUUCGGGUUGUGCCGCCACAGCGAUGAGAUGUGGUAUUCGUCGAGAGGAGGGAAAUUGCCGUUGCGGUGGAUGGCGCCGGAAUCCAUCGAAAUGGCCGCAUUUUCGGCGAGCACUGAUAUGUGGGCAUUUGGUGUGCUGCUUUGGGAGGCGUAUUCCUAUGGCACGGUCCCGUUCCCGACGAUCCCGACUGAAGAUAUCCUGAAGCAUUUGAAGAAGGGCAUCCGGCUGGAACCCCCAAAAGAUGCGCCUCCGUUUAUGGCGACCAUAAUGGAAUGGUGUUGGGAAUGGGAGCCCGGGCAGCGUCCGACACCCGCCCAGGCCCGCGAGAGGAUUGAGGAGAAUCUGCCGUUGUAUGACCAUGUGCCAAGCAUAUCC